UUAGCGCUUAACGGACGUUUUUAUACGGCCCUCGGUAUAAGCCCCUUCUUCGCUAUCUACGGUUACGAUAUACCUCUCCCCGUAGUAUUAGAUACGGGAUUUAACGAGACUAUAGCGCUAGCAGCCUCGGAGAGAGCGGCUACGUUUAUCGAGAAAAUUAAGAAAAUUACUAAUAUAUACUAA